CGCGACAGUGAUCUCGGCUGCCCGGUCAACCCAGCUAUGUACUUUUGGCGGCUGCACAGGAAACAUGGCGGAAAAUUUGAAAGACUGCAGUGUGCCCAGCAAGCUGUCCUGGCAUUAUCUUGAAGCCUUGUGUCGCACGGAGAAGCUCCACUGUGAAGAUUUGGGCAUUACCAAAGCCAACGCCAAGGACUAUGAGGUGGAGUUCCUCUGCGACUACAAGAAGAAUAAGGGUGAAGAAUUUUACCUGGUAAAAUGGAUGGGCUUUCCAGAGUCUGUCAACACCUGGGAACCUAAAAGGAACCUUAAAUGCUCCAAAGUGAUGAAGCAGUUCCACUUAGACCUGGAUCAGGUGCUCAGGCGCCAGAAAAGACGAAGCGUCCCUAAAAAGCUGGAUAAGGAAAUCUCAGCCUUCUUAGUUUUGAAAGCUAAGCUACGUCAGCGGUUGGAACGCUGGGAGGUUCAGCUCAACCAAACAUGCAACCAUCCCGGUCGCAUCUAUGUCAGGAACGACGUGGACCUGGAGGGUCCCCCGAAGAACUUCACCUACAUCAACCAAUACAAGGCGGGCCCUGGCAUUGUUUUUGAUGAAAUGGCCGUGGGCUGUGAGUGUAAAAACUGCUUAGAAGAGCCGGUGAACGGCUGCUGUCCCGGCGCGUCCUUGCACCGUGUUGCCUACAAUGAACUUGGCCAGGUUCGGGUGCGGCCAGGAAAGCCCAUAUACGAGUGCAACGCUCAGUGCCUCUGUGGCCCGGACUGCCCCAACAGAGUGGUGCAAAAAGGCAUUCAGGUCGACUUGUGUAUCUUCAAGACCGACAACGGCCGUGGAUGGGGAGUUCGCACUUUGCAUCACAUUAAGAAGAACACAUUCGUCAUGGAAUAUGUUGGAGAGAUCAUCACAACGGAGGAAGCAGAGAAACGAGGUCACAUUUACGACAGCCAAGGUUCGACGUACCUAUUUGACCUGGACUACGUGGAGGACGUGUACACAGUGGACGCUGCUCACCAAGGCAAUGUCUCUCACUUUGUCAACCACAGCUGCAACCCAAACCUGCAAGUGUUCAAUGUGUUUAUUGACAACAUCGAUGAGAGACUCCCACGAAUCGCUUUGUUUUCAACACGGCCCAUUCGGGCAGGAGAGGAACUGACAUUUGACUACAAGAUGCAAAUUGAUCCAGUAGACACAGAAAGCUCCAAGAUGGACUCCAGUUUCACCCUCGCAGGCGUCUCCAGUUCUCCAAAGAAAAGGGGUCGAGUGGAGUGCCGCUGUGGAUCGGAUUCGUGUAGAAAAUACCUGUUCUGACACGGGAGUGGUGGUAACAGAAAUACUGCUAUCUGUACACAUCUUUGAACAUUGUACAUAAUAGUGUUUUUCAGUCAAAACUCUUUAUCAGUUGCAGAUUUACUUAAAAAAAAUAAAUAAGUUGUUCCCAA